AAAAAGAAUAGUGCAAGCAUAGAAUACAAAAAUGAGGAUAUAUUAUAUAGAAAAGAUAUAUAUUUAUUUUAAUUAGCAAAUUGCUAAUUAUUAAUUCGUUGUGUUUUUUGUUUUUUUAAAUGACACUGUCUAUGAAAUUGAGCCACAUUCAUAAUCACAUAUUAUUCACUCGGCUGCACAACCAGCAUGUACCUCUGAGUUCAACUUCCGGGUUUCUGUCCAAUCACAUCUUCAUUUGGCUCCGUCUUUUGGCCAAUCGGAGCCAGAGUCAGUGGAGCGACGGCCAAUCAGAUCUCUAAAUCACGUCCUCAUCCCGCCCCCUCCUGCGAGUUCAUUUAACUGGAUAUUUACUGGACUGUCUGUACAAGAACUUGGGAACAGCGAGCAGAGAGGCCGGUACCGCGUUAAAACAACCGAACCAUGAACGUUUGGUGGUGAGCAGACACACAGUACUGACAAUGUGGCUCGUGUGAGUCCAAAUGGAACCGCAGCGAACCGACAGUAGAACUGUGGGACGCGCGUCCGCCUCCGUGUGAUUCCGUUAAACCGGCGGCUGCGAUGGAAAGUCUUCCGUGAGCAGAGGAGGGGCGGCUGCCGUCAUGUCUCCGCGGCUCGCUCCGGUCCUGCUGCUGCUGCUCUGCCUGGAGGUGUCCGGACAUGAGGAGGCAGAACCGGCGCUCAGUGCCGCCCGAACUCUGGUGUGGGGACCCGGCCUGGAGGCGGACAUGGUGCUGCCGGCCCGCUUCUUCUACAUCCAGGCGGUGGACGGCUCGGGGAGAAAUUUAACAGCAUCACCCGGUGAGAAGACCUUCGACGUGAAGAUCGUGUCUCCGGUGGAGCCGUUCACCAGGAUUUGGAUCCAGGUCCUGGAUCGCCAGGAUGGGUCGUUCCUGGUCCGCUACAGAAUGUACGCCACCUACACGGACCUUCACAUCCACAUUUUGCUCCAGAACAAGCACGUUGCCAAGUCGCCGUUUAUUCUCAAAGGUCCGGUCUAUCAUGAGGGAUGCCACUGUCCUCAGCCCAGUGGUUCUGAAUGGGAGGCCCGUAUGCACUGUCCUCAGUCCUUCCCUCAGAUAGACAGAGAUCUGUCGUUUUACGCCAGCGUCGACCCGGACGCCAACGCACAGGAGAUCCCGCAGCGCUUUGGACAGCGGCAGAGCCUCUGUCACUACACAAUCAAAGACAACAAGAUCUAUGUUGAAACGUUUGGAGAACAUGUCGGCUUCAGGAUUUUCAUGGAUGCCAUUCUCCUGUCGCUCACCAGGAAGGUGAGGCUUCCUGAUAUCGAGUUCUUUGUUAACCUGGGCGACUGGCCUUUGGAGAAGAGGAAACCCACUGAGAAGAUUCAUCCCAUCUUCUCCUGGUGUGGCUCCAACAACACCAGAGACAUCGUCAUGCCCACGUACGACCUGACCGAGUCUGUCCUGGAGACCAUGGGACGAGUGAGCCUGGACAUGAUGUCGGUUCAGGCCAACACCGGGCCGCCGUGGCCACAGAAGAACGCCACGGCCUUCUGGAGGGGCCGGGACAGUCGCCAGGAGCGUCUGGAGCUGGUCAAGCUUUCGAGGGCUCACCCCGACGCUGUGGAUGCUGCUUUCACCAACUUCUUCUUCUUCAAACACGACGAGAGCCUCUACGGGCCGCUGGUCAAGCACGUCUCGUUCUUCGACUUCUUCAAGUACAAAUACCAGAUCAACAUCGACGGCACCGUGGCGGCGUAUCGGCUGCCGUACCUGUUGGCGGGAGACAGCGUGGUCCUGAAGCAGGACUCUGGCUACUACGAGCAUUUCUACAACGAGCUUCGGCCGUGGGAGCACUACAUCCCCAUCAGGGCGGACCUGGGAGACCUGCUGGAAAAGAUCCAGUGGGCUCGGGACCACGAUGAAGAGGCAAAGAAAAUUGCACUUGCAGGUCAGCGGUUCGCCCGCGCUAACCUCAUGGGAGACCGUAUAUUUUGCUACUACUACAAACUGUUCAAGGCGUAUGCCAAACUCCAGGUCACAGAGCCGAAGGUUCGUGAGGGCAUGGAGCUGGUGGAGCAGCCUGCUGACGACCUGUUUCCAUGUUACUGCCACAGGACCAGGGCAAAGGAUGAACUUUGAUGGACGAAUUUAACAGCCGGCUACAGGGAAAAUCUUCAUAUCUCAUACAUCAUCAAAUCAUUUCUUUUUUUUUUUUUAUCAAUAUGUGAAUUUAAUGUCUUGAUAUGAAUUUCACAUUCUCAUUUUUUAAUAAACAAAUUUCCCCCUUUUUA